GCCGCCUUUCCUUGCUGAGGACUAGUGUGCAUCACGCCCUUCCUCCCGACGUGCAUUCUCACGACUCCGAUGCAUCGUGGGUUCUGUAGUCGGAGCCGCGUAAUGGAACCCUGAUGUAUUGAGCACCUUGCAAUCGGGGUCAGCUCGGUGGUCGUUCUUAAAGUAGGAUUGCAAAGCUUCCAUCUGAGGGACCCAACAGAGAGCCAGAGCGAGAGCGAGAGCGAGACAGGAGCUUUUGUGGUUGAGUGGAGCUAGAGCGAUGGAGAGUCGGGGAGGCGGGAGCCAGAUUCUGAUGCUGGGCCUUUGUGUGGGGGCGAUUUACGCUGCAUACAUCACGCAGGGUGUGGUUCAGGAGAAUGUGUCGACAAGGAAAUAUGGAGAGAAAGGGGAAAGAUUCGAACAUCUCACGUUCUUACAAUUGGCCCAAAGUGUAGUAUGUCUAUUCUGGUCUUUAUUGAUGUUGCAAGUGUGGCCAAACACGAAGGGCAGUCAAGCUCCAGCUGCAGCAUACUUGAAGGCCAGCCUGUCGAAUGCCAUCGGUCCUGCUUGUGGUAUUGUCGCUUUGAAGUAUAUUAGCUAUCCCGCGCAGGUGUUGGCUAAAUCAUCAAAGAUGAUCCCAGUAAUGUUUAUGGGAGCCCUUGUAUAUGGAGUUCAGUACAGCCUUUCAGAAUACCUAUCCACAUUUUUGGUUGCUGGCGGUGUAUCUAUGUUUGCUUUGUUCAAGAGCAGCAAAAAGGUUGCUAGCAAACUUUCAAGUCCCAACGCGCCUUUGGGAUACACUCUGUGUUUUCUGAAUCUGGGAUUGGAUGGAUUUACAAACGCUGCACAAGAUUCAAUCACAAAGAAGUACCCAGGAACAAAUGCGUGGCAUAUUAUGUACGCCAUGAAUUUGUGGGGCUCAAUCUAUAUGUCAAUCUACAUGUUUGGUUUACCUGGCGGUGGUGGCUGGGAGGCAGUGAAGUUCAUGCAACACCAUCCUGUUGCCGCUUGGGACAUCAUGCUGUUCUGUUUGUGCGGUGCUGUUGGGCAGAACUUCAUCUUUCUCACCAUAAGUAGGUUCGGAGCUCUUACCAACACUACCAUCACUACUACCCGCAAGUUUGUCAGCAUCCUGGUCUCCUCAAUCUGGAAUGGGAACCAUCUUUCUCUCCAGCAGUGGGCUGGGGUGAUAAUGGUAUUCACAGGGCUAAUGUAUCAAAUCUACCUCAAAUGGAGGAAACGAAGUGCUCACAAAAAGACUGUAGUUGAGUCAGAGAAGAAGCGAGAGUGAUAAACACAGUCAGGCACAUAGGAAUUCUUUUUUUAUUUUCUAGUCUAGGCAUUGACGAGGUGUAAUUCUUUUCUGGAAGCAUUUCAUGUGGCCUUGAGAGGAGUAUUCAUGGGUAGACUGUUGCUUUCACCUGUAUCGAAAGCAAAACAUCUAAGACUUGUGGACUGAUGAGAAGCUGACAUUUGUAUGUUUAUUAUUUGCUGUCGUAUUUUGAACAUGGUUUGGAAAUUAGCUA